UGAGUUUUCAGUGAUAUUGUGUGACUUGUUGUAUUUUUUUAAAAUCACUUACUUGUUUUCACCAAGACAUUAAGUUAUGUUGCUGAUAUUUUUCAUUAUUCAGCCCGUGAUUCAUUCAGUAUUCUGCGAAGUUCCCAGCUGCGAGUACUACUUAAACAGACGUGUGGCUGGUGUAUUUCACUAUGAUCAUCACAGUCGAUAUAGCCUCACAUUCUGGGAAGCCAAGGCUGUUUGUCAAAGGAACUUUGGCGCCACAAUGGCUGACAGACAGCAGAUUUAUACAGCAUACAAGGCGGGACUUGAAGAAUGCCGGGCAGGCUGGAUCUCAUCUGGAGAAGUUGCUUAUCCCAGAGUUAGGCAACAUUGGAGGUGUGGUCAGAACCAAACUGGUGUCAUCACAUAUGGAAUCAGGAAAAAUCUACUAGAAAAAUGGGAUGUAUUUUGUCAUAAAGAUGAUAAUGACUGCUCAGUAUACCGUAUUUUAUUCCCUAAUGCACAAACACCGAAAGAGGUAAAAACAGAAGAGAAUGGUUUUCUGAAAAAUAAUCAUUUGAACGAUAGCUUUACUGCAAGUGAUGGCUUGAAGUAUGUGUCAAUGGCAGCAGCAGAUUUACAGAAUACUCAUAUUGUCCAAGACACAGAACAGUUUGAUCAAAUACAUAUUGAUGCAGCACCUUUAAAUGAUUUUCUGGAAAAAAUUACUCCGACUGAGGGUCCUACUAGGACUACCAGAGGAAAAGAUGGGACCUUACAUUUUCCAACUGUCUUUGAUGAAAAUCAGGCACUUAGAUCUGACAGCCAUACACUAACAGAUGCCCCCCUGCUUUCAACAGAAAACUAUUCAACAACCACAAAACUAGAAGGAAUAACUGAAGAAUACAGCAUUGAAACCAAUAAAAAGCUAACAAAAGACUCAACAUCUUUAAGACAUUGGAGCCUAGCAUCACCUGCAGUGAUUAUAACCAGCAACCAACAAAGCCUAAACAGUCCUGCAAAAAAAGUAGGUGGCAAGGCUUUGAAUAUCUUUUUUGCAAAUACUAUCACUUCCCAGGUAACAGAUGUGCUUUCCUCAAGUACCAGAAUCUCAGAUGCGAGUUACAGAAGUUAUGCAGAACCAAUACAAAUGCAAACAAAUUACACUCUAAGCACCUCCACAAGAGAAGAUGUCCUGCAAAGGACUGAGACUCCAAACCCAAAUAAGUUAAAUAGCAAGAUAGAUACAUCAACAUUAAACUCUACAGCUGCACCAGAGAGCAAAACUACUUUAUUCAUAAGCCAGCAUACUGAAGCAGCCACAAGAAAAGCUAUUUCAGCAUCAGAAAGUUUUGACAGUCAGAGUUCACUGAAAAUAAAAGGACAUGGUGUGCAGAACUCAGCAAAUCAGGUGCUUCCAUCAACUAACAUUAGUAAGUCAGAAGAUCACAACUUGCAUUUGUUGCAAAAGGGAACAGCUGCAUUUAGCACAUCUAUUUUAUCCACCUUACCUACAAAAAAAGAGUUUUCCCUAAAUAACUCAUCACUACCUUAUACAUUUAACCCAACUUUUACAAACCAGGAUAUAGAAUCAAGUAACAGUUUGCACCUGAAAGGAAGUCCUGCUCCCCAAACUACGCAAAUCAACGCUUUACCUGGUUCUGGAUCAGUCACAGCAGUAUUUAAAUCAAUUUUAGCCACCACUGUCAGGUCUGACCAUCAGUCUUUAAAACUAAAUACAGAAAUGGCAGAAAACAAAGAACAGGAAUCAGUUGUCCACCUGCCAGUGGAUUUUACAGAUUCUGCUAGUAAUAUGUCUAUGAAAUAUAAUGAAUCUAUAAGAAAUACACAGUCUUAUGUCUCAACAACAGUAUCUGAUACAAGACAGCUAACACAGUUAAAAACAGCAGAGUUUACAACCUUUGCUGAAAGAUUUUUAUUCAAACCAGUGGAACCGACAAAGAGUGUUUAUUUUUACCUAGCUACUGCUAAACCAAAACACAAAGAAGGAAAUGCAAAUAGCCACACAGGUUAUGCAAUCUAUAUUUCAAAAAACCAAGAAAUAGGAAAUUCAGAGCAAACAGGAAAUACUAAGGAUAAGGCAAAGACAAAAAUAAAUGCUAGUGGUAGGAUAUCUAAAAACAAUGAAAUGAAACCCAGGCUCACUACAGUAAACAAUGAAGCUGAAGAGCUGGUUACACCAAGCUGGCAACAAGUUCCAACAACAGCCAGUUUUAACAGCCACUACUCUGAUGAUCAGAUACUGUAUAAAGAUGGUACACAGGCAACUUUCAUGAGUAAGCAGAACACUGAAAAUACUAUUGCAGCCGACAGAAGGGUACAUUCAAGCACAUCCACUCCUGGUGACAGAAGGCCAACAUUAAAAGCAGCCCAGGGAGCUUCACAUAAUGAAACUUUUUCUAGCGCUCAUCGUGGAUUGUAUGCACACACCCAAGAGCCCCCCAUGCCUGUUGCUGAUCACUUUCAAGAGGUGUCUGAAGACAGGGAAACCUUGCAAAGCAGUACCACGGUUGCUGGUGACCAUUCAAGCAAUAUGGCCACCAGUGCCAGUUUAAAAGCAUUUGAUAACAAUUUUUUCAAGUUCAAUAAAGGUAUUGGAAUCACUGUGAGCAUAACUAAACCAUUCACAGCUAUUGCACACAAUGAAAGUACUAUCAGCAGUACAGAUAAUUCCCCAGGGCCUGUAUCAGAGCACAAAGGAACUGGUAGUGUGUCACCUUUGCCAGUGUUUAACAACAGAGGGAUCACUUCUAAAGAUGCUGAGGCACUGUAUAAAAUACACAGAGACCGUAUGAGUUUGUCAAAAGAUAAUACAAGUGCAACUGUACGGGAUGAAGUUAUUGUAAGAACUUUAAAUCAUUACAAGCAGUCUUCAUCAGCAAUAUUUAGUGACACUCCUACAAAGAAUCCUGAACUUGAUGAUCAAUCUGUUAUUUCUCGCCCAAGAUAUAUAGAACAAGAGCUCACACUGACACAUGGCUCUUUCCCAUCCAAACUAUCAUCACAGGAAAUCCUGGAUGGGAAAACAGCAGAGAAUAUUUCCACUAUGAGAUCGAGAGAAGAUUCAAGACCUGAUGUGUCUACUCUGAAUGUGGUUAAGAAAGGGAACAUACCGCUUGAGACCACAUUUAAAAGAUUGGACACUGUUAACAGCAAUACAGAACAUAUUCAACUGUCAACAUACUGGGAUAUAACCCCAAUCACAACUGUACCUGUGACAACAGAAGAUAGCCCUCAUCUUUCAGAAGAGUCAGCAACUAAACAAAGUCACAAAGGGGACAGUGAAUUCCAGGCUGGUAAUGAUGAAAUUAAUGUCUGGGGGCGCAAUCCCCCAUGCAGCGCUCAGGCUGGACAAAGCUCUGAUCAAAGCGAACUCUUACGUGAUACCAGGAAUCACCCACCGACUUCCUUCCUGGGGCCCACCUAUGUUAUCGCCUUGCCCUGCUCCACCUCCUUGCAUUUCUGUUGGACCGUCAAAUGCCCCACCAUGGGCACCCUAUCCCCUGCUCUCUACCCUUUGUGUGGUGGGGUUCUCAGGGGAGUGAUGGGAGAGUUCCAGAGCCCCGGGUUUCCUCAGUCUUAUCUGAGUGACAUGGACUGCACCUGGGUGAUUGAAGCACCAGUCGGACACAUCGUCCACUUGGACUUUCACUCCCUGGUCCUGGAGGAGCACCGAACCUGCCAGUAUGACUAUGUGAUUGUGUACGAUGGCAGAGGAGCUUCAGAGCAGGAGCUGGGCAGGUUUUGUGGCUCAGAAGUGCCCCCGCAGCUCAGAGCAACAUCCAAUGCUAUGAUGGUGGUCAUGAAGAGCGACUCCUCUGUGGAACUAGAUGGUUUCUCAGCCCAGUUCAGUACUGUUAAAUCACAAGCAG